UCAUCGUUUCAGAUUCAACGAUCGAAGCUCCGAAAACUUGUUCACCCCGAACCGGAAUGGCAACCUGUUCGGAUUAAGGAAACCGAGCCUGAGCUCGAUUAAGGGCAAAAAUCCGAUCCAAAAUCCGAAUACUCACCCCCCUAAGUUGAAUCGCAGACGGAAUCCUACAAGGAUUCGACCGAGUCCACGGGAGCCUGAGCUCGAUCGCAGCCGGAAUAAGGCGAGGAUUCGACAGAGGCUCCCAAAGGAUGAAAAGUUUAAGAAGAUGGCAGGAGCCUCCUCCACAAAAGAUCAGGGAGCCAAAGAAGAGACGCAUCCUCGAUCCUCAGGGGAAUUUCCUGCAGCAAUGGAACAAGAUCUUCGCGGUGUCGUGCAUCAUCGCCGUCUCCCUCGACCCCCUCUUCUUCUACAUUCCGGUGAUCGUGCGCGACCAGUUCUGCCUGACGCUCGACAAAAAGGUCGAGAUCGCCGCCUGCGCGCUCCGAUCCUUGGUGGACAUGUUCUACGUGUUUCACAUCGUUCUGCAGUUCCGGACCGGGUUCAUCGCCCCCCCGUCGCGCGUGUUUGGGAGGGGGGAGCUGGUGGAGGACUCGGGGGAAAUAGCGAAGCGCUACCUGAAAUCCUACUUCGUCGUGGACGUGCUGUCGAUCCUGCCGCUGCCGCAGGCGGUGGUGCUGAUGGUGAGGCAGGUGACGAAGGGGCCGAUUUCGCACGCGACGAAGGAGCUGCUCAAGGCGGUUAUCUACAUCCAGUACAUUCCGAGGAUCUGGCGGAUUUUUCCGUUGUACCGGGAAGUUACUAGAACGUCCGGGAUAUUUACAGAGACGGCGUGGGCUGGAGCGGCUUUCAACCUCUUUCUCUACAUGCUUGCAAGCCAUGUGCUAGGAGCCUUCUGGUAUCUUUUUGCAAUCGAACGUAAGGAGACGUGUUGGCGAGAAGCAUGUGGGUACAACAGCAGCUGUAAUGUGGAUAAUUUAUACUGCAAUGGCGUCGGCAGUAAUGCUUUGUUUCUAAACUCAUCUUGCCCGCUUAAGGAGCAGGACGAGUUAAACGCCACAGACUUCGACUUUGGCAUAGCCCUCGACGCUCUUCGUUCCGGCGUAGCUGAGCAUAACUACUUCUAUAGGAAGUUCUUCUUCUGCUUCUGGUGGGGGCUGCGCAAUUUGAGUUCGUUGGGGCAGAAUCUCAAAACAAGCACGUUUGUUUGGGAGAUUCUGUUUGCGAUCGCCAUCUCUGUCAUCGGGCUGAUUCUGUUUUCCUUGCUCAUCGGCAACAUGCAGAAAUAUUUGCAGUCCAUCACUACUAGGGUGGAGGAGAUGAGGGUGAAGCGGCGUGAUGCGGAGCACUGGAUGUCCCACCGGAUGCUUCCCGAGGAGCUUCGUGCUCGUGUGAGGCGCUACGAGCAGUACAAGUGGCAAGAAAAUAGAGGCGUCGAGGAGGACUCGUUGAUCCGGAACCUCCCCAACGACUUGAGACGGGACAUCAAGCGCCAUCUGUGUUGGACUCUGCUCACAAGAGUGCCGAUGUUUGACAAAAUGGACGAACAACUGCUGGACGCGCUGUGCACCCGACUGAAGCCCGUGCUAUACACGGAGGGCAGCAUCAUCGUGCGGGAGGGGGAUCCCGUCGACGAGAUGCUCUUCAUAAUGAGGGGCAACAUAUGGACGGCCACGACCAACGGCGGCCGAACCGGCUUCUUCAACGCGGUGGGCCUAAUGGCGGGCGACUUCUGCGGGGAGGAGCUCCUGACGUGGGCGCUCGACCCCAACUCCUCGUCGAGCCUCCCCAUCUCGACGAGGACGGUGAGGGCCGUGAAGGACGUGGAGGCGUUCUGCCUGAUGCCGGACGACUUGAAGAGCGUGGCGUCGCAGUUCAGGCGCCUCCACAGCAAGCAGCUGCAGCAGACCUUCAGGUUCUACUCGCAGCAGUGGAAGGCGUGGGGUGCGUGCUUCAUACAGGCCGCGUGGCGGCGGUAUUACCGGAGGAAGAUGGAGAGGGCGGUGAGGGAGGCGGAGGAUGCGGCGGCGCGGGGUGCGUUGCAGGCGCCGAGUUUGGGCGCCACGAUUUAUGCGUCGAGAUUCGCUAGCAACAUGUUGGGGAAUUUGAGGCGUAGCCACCAACUUAAUAAUAAUGCGUCGUCUCCAAAAUUGCCAGUCCUAAUGCCUCAGAAGCCAUCGGAGCCCGAUUUCAGUGCCUAAAAUGUUUGUUACUAGGCAGAUGUAUAUAUAUGUAUUUCUUUUAUAAUGUUGGGUUCUUGUGAAUUGGUAAUGCAAUCACGUUCAUUUAAUCAUUAUUCUUGUUUUUAAA